AUGCGCAUUCGCCAAUGCCGACAUCCACCUCGCGCACGACUGCUCUGCACACCCACACCGCGAGUCGUUGUCUGGCAGACGGCCCCCUUCGAUCGUUACUUUCUUUUCUUUCGAUGCGCUGCGACGCAACCGUUGGACCCGAGGAAAUCCCGACGCGUGAGCAAUCGAAGAGCCGCACUCCGAACAUCAUUCAUCUGGAUCUCGACUCCACUGCAUCACGCUAGGCCUCGGACCUGGGCUUGGCAUCCACCGAAAUACGGGGGAGCCUCGACUCCUUUCCCCAAGUUGCGCAACAACGUCCGUCGUCGUCGGACCCAUGCCCACGACAGGACCACACAGGACCACACAGCGACCACACACGCGCGCACGCACCAGACCAAGAUGGCGAGCACGGAAACACAAGUGAUUGAGACCGAGGCGACGGCGGUGCGCGUGGCCAAGCGGGCGGCGUCCGACGAACCAGAAAUGGCGUCGGACACGAAGCGGCUCAAGAGCUCGCACUCGCCAGUCGACGAUGCUGCCGCUGCGGCGCCCGUGGUGAAGACGGAGGAGGUGGAGGUGGACGCGGAUGCGGCUGGGGGCGAGGACGCGAAAGCCGGUGCGACGGCGGCCACGACCGCGGAGGGGCCGGCCGCGAAAGCCGAGUCGACACCGCCGGCGGCGGGCAAGCCGGCGAUGCCGGCGCGGAUUCCGUUUCCAGAAAAGCCCGCCGUCGUCGAGGAACGCAAUGGCGAAAUCCAGUUCAAGGUGGUCAACAACGACAAUGCGCGCGAGAGCAUGAUCAUCCUGACGGGCCUCAAAAACCUGUUCCAGAAGCAGCUGCCCAAGAUGCCCAAGGACUACAUUGCACGGCUCGUGUACGACCGGACGCACGUGUCGCUGGCGAUUGUGCGGCACCCGCUGGAGGUGAUUGGCGGCAUUGCGAUCCGGCCCUUCAACGAGCGCAAGUUUGCCGAGAUUGUGUUUUGCGCGGUGUCGUCGGACCAGCAGGUCAAGGGCUACGGCGCGCACAUGAUGGCGCACCUCAAGGACUACGUCAAGGCGACGUCGCCGGUGAUGCAUUUCCUGACGUACGCGGACAACUACGCGACGGGCUACUUCCAGAAGCAAGGGUUCACCAAGGAAAUCACGCUCGACAAGCCGCUGUGGAUGGGGUACAUCAAGGACUACGAGGGCGGCACGCUGAUGCAGUGCAGCAUGGUGCCGCGGGUGCGGUACCUGGAGGUGGGCCGUUUGCUCCUCAAACAAAAGGAGACGAUCCGCGCCAAGAUCCGGCCGCUCAGCAAGAGCCACGUGGUGCAUGCACCGCCGGCGCAGUGGGCGGCGGCGGCGGCGGCGGGCGAGGCCCUGCCGGCGAUUGACCCGCUCGCGAUCCCGGCGAUCCAGGCCACGGGGUGGUCGCCCGACAUGGACGCGCUGGGUCGGGUGCCGCGGCACGGCCCGCACUUCAACGAGCUGCGGCGGUUCCUGUACCAGAUCCAGAACCACAAGCAGGCCUGGCCGUUUUUGACGCCGGUGAACCGCGACGAGGUGCCCGACUACUACAACGUCAUCAAGUCGCCCAUGGACCUGUCGACGAUGGAGGAGAAGCUGGAGCGCGACGCGUACGCGACGCCCAAGGACCUGGUGGAGGACCUGAAGCUGGUCAUCAACAACUGCCGGCAGUACAACGACUCGACGACGGUGUACAACAAGUGCGCCGUGCGGCUGGAAAAGUACAUGUGGAGCCUGAUCAAGGAGACGCCCGAGUGGUACGAGCUGCUCGAGGACGAGUAG